CAAUCCGAACUAAGAGGAUCUUGGCUGACAAGAACCUGAUGUAAUUAGCCAAUGUGCAAAUACUAUGUAAAUCGAACAGCACAUCAUCGGCACAGUUUGGCUGUGGAAAUUGUCAAUUCGUCGCAAGAUAGGGAGACCCAUGUUAUCGUCACUCCUUUUCUCACCAAAUUCUACACACACGGAUAUACGGACGUAUUGAUUCAACAUAUGUAGUAAACAAACAUCAUUUUGAAAAGCCAUGUCUUCAGAGGCACACACGCAGCAACAAACCGCAUCUUGCAUACUUUUCGAGAACUCGGAUAAAUCAGUCGUUCUGAUAGAUAUCCCUCGCUCUAUCGAAGAAGCACAGCAAUUACCGGGGGAAGUUAUUAAGAGACAUAUCAUUUCGUCUAAUCCGAUUGAGGCGCCAUGGAAUACCCCUGAGCCGAAGAAAGCUUUGCAUCAUUCGGCUUCGGCAUCCGCGGCGAUAGCUGAGUUGAUGACUCUAGAAAGUGUUAAGGCCGCGCUGCAAGACAUCAAACACUGUUACAAAGGGCCGUGGUGUCUGCCACGUGUGUUAAGACAUGCAAACAAUAUCAACCAUGACGGAUUAAACUCUAACAAGUCACACAAAAGAAAGCAGGUUUGUGACAGUGAAGAAAUUGACGUGAUCCCGGAACCGCAUAUUCCAGAUCAGUCAAAAUAUCUUCUCGGGAGUAUAGAAUCUCAAAGAGAAACAUUCCUCGCAGAUGCUCCCAUGUUCGAUCUUAUAGUUCUCGACCCACCAUGGCCUAGUCGGUCUGUGAAGCGAAAACAGAACAGCUACAAAAUAGCAAAUGAUAUGCGAGAAACCAAAAAUCUCUUAACUAAGAUACCAGUUGCAUCACACCUAAAACCCGAUGGUCUUGUGGCUAUAUGGGUUACUAAUAAGACAGCAGUUUCCGACUUGUUACUAUCACCCUCGGGAAUAUUCUCGGAAUGGGGUAUCGAAUUUAUCGGCGAAUGGAUCUGGGUGAAGAUUACGAAUUCUGGCGAUCCCGUCGUUGAUAUAGAAGCGCAAUGGAAAAAACCAUGGGAACGCUUGCUACUCGGUAGAAAAAGAGGUAGCACACAGCAAGCGCCAAUUUCGACAAAAGUUAUCUUAGGAGUUCCAGAUGUUCAUUCCAGGAAGCCGAAUUUAAAGCCUUUAUUUCAGAGCAUGAUGCCAGAGAACUAUAGUGGACUUGAAGUGUUCGCAAGGAAUCUCACUGCGAAUUGGUGGAGUUGGGGAGACGAGGUGCUUCAUUUUCAACAAAGGCACCAUUGGGUAGAGAUGGUAGCCGAUGAAUAGCACUAUAAAUACACCCGAACCCUUACCUAUUCGGCGUCUUCGCCAUGCGCAUAUAAUACACAUCUUAGGUAGCCCAUAAUCAUACAGCCAUUAUCCACGAGCCUCAUAGAUUCUAAACGGCGAACGAGUUCUUUUUUUUCUUUUAUUUUCCGAGUAGCCAUCCUAGCCAUCCUUCUUCC